AUGACCGAGGACAAAGAUUCAGAGUGGCCAUACCUCCCUCCCUUUAUCGAGAAGUUCACACCAUUCAAGCCCAGUGAGGAGUAUGUUGUGGACCCCGCUACUCGAAUCGAAGAGCUACGCGAGCUUCUCGCGCAACUCGAGAACACGUCCACCGAAUACAAGCAAUACUGGCAAAUCAAUAUCGAUGUCGUGAUGAAGAUGUAUCAGAGUGGGGAAUUAGGACCAUUCAGACGCCCCCCAGUAUAUUUUGUUGAUAGUAAGGUGGUCGACAAGGACCCAUGGAGAGAUGAUACGGUUCCUACAACAGCAGCUCGCUGGUUUGAGGUAUCACUGCCUAUUCUGACCGCGGAAUGUCUAUUUACUAAUCACUUUUAG